UCAUUCCAACUGACGAUCUCUCACAGGCUCUAUCAACAUGUCACCACUCGGCAGUUCCCGUCUGAUGGUCAAAUGUUGGCUAACAUUAGCCGUGUGCGUCGCUGCAUUCUGGUGCCAUCCGGUGCCUGACAGUAGCAACACAGGUGCCUCGCAUCCGUCCUUGAAAGUGGAACAACUGGGACAAUCGAACGAGUUUGCCGACAGCGACUAUCCCGAUAUGAUGACCGAUUUCCUCCGCUUGAGCACAGCAAUGCCGACCGUGGCGGCAUCUACCAAGAGUUUCUUAGUCAACACACCAUCGACUUCGACUCUACCGCCAUCGACGACAACCAAGACUACUACGAGGCCUUCCACCGCCAACCAUGAACCCGCAACUGCUGGUGUGGCUACAGCCAAGUACAUCCCGACCGUGACAACGACAACUACUGGCAAACCUACCACAGCUAUUAACACGACUCCCGCAAUAAUCGUAGAGACAACAACGAUCCUUCCUCGAGUCCAAAAAGAGCAAACGUCGGUUACUCCGCUGGUUUCUGCUGAAAAAUUGCAAGCCGUAAAGAAACCGGCCGGGUUAAACGAGAUUGAACCAUUGCAAAAGACGGACACGCAAACAAAGCCUACGGCUGUUGUCGCUCAAACGACGGCCAAUCCCAGCUCGUCUGCGGUGCAACAAAAACAGAUUCCUAGCCCGGCCGCUACUCAAGCGCAACAGACCGCCACCACUCAAUCCGCCAUCACUACAGCCCCUUUUAAUGAGCAGUGGCAGCCGAGCUUUACAGGAUUAGGCCAGCAGCAAGCACCAUCAGCUAUCCCACCGGCCGCGGUAUUUAAUCAGCCACAACAGCAGCAGAUGGCGGUUGGCGGUGCCACUGCAAUCCAGCAACCAACUAAUCAGGUGCAAACAGCCGCUAGCUAUGGGCCACGCCAGCAAAUCCAGGUACCGAAUUUCACCCCAAUGGCAGUGGCCAAUAUGCAACAACAUCAACCCGUGAUGCAAAAUCCAAUCAUGGUCCAGCAAAUGAUGCGCAAUCCUGCCUUCCAACAGCAACAGUUCCAGAUGAUGUAUCAAAAUCGGGUUCCGGUUACAACUCAGACUUCGACAAAUGCCAAACAAAAAAUUAAACCGGCGUCCACCAUCUUAACUCCUCUUGCUAAUCCGUUGAUUGGCAACAAUAGGCGGCCCGUGUAUUUCGUUGGAGGUAAUGGCGCUCCCGCUAAUUUGCUCCCGCUUUCUGCUUGGCCACAGUUGGUGUCCAACGGCGUUCAAACAUCUCCGUCAGUAGCGACCGCAUCGGUCUAGUUCCAAUACCGUCCUGCGUCGUGUAAAAAAAAAAAAAACUAAAAACGAACAAACUUUUUAA